AUGUCUGCACUAAAUCAGUUUGAACACCUCAGAAUACCACUAGAAGAUAUAAGAUCAGCAACCAACGACUUUUCUGAAGUCAAUUGCAUCGGAGCAGGAGGCUUCGGUAAACUGUACAAGGGAGUACUUUUCCUUUCGGGGGAGCCUAUUACAGUUGCUGCAAACCAUUUAGAUCGUACAUCGGGGCAAGGAGACGCCGAGUUUUGGAUGGAAGUCACGAUGCUUUCAUCUUACAAACAUAAAAAUAUUGUCUCCCUCUUGGGGUUUUGUGAUGAGAAAGGUGAGAAGAUCCUAGUAUAUGAGUAUGCUUCUAACAACAGUCUCGACUUGCAUCUUGAUAGCAAAGAUCUAACCUGGGUUCGACGCCUUAGAAUAUGCAUCGGGGCAGCUCGCGGACUGGAGUACCUUCAUUACUCUGUUGGGGCCCAACAUAGAGUACUACAUCGUGAUAUAAAAAGUUCGAAUAUCCUAUUAGAUGAAGACUGGAAUGGCAAGAUCGCAGGUUUAGGUCUAUCAAUAAUUAGUCCGGCUAAUAUACCAAACACCUUUCUUAUAACCAAUAGCAUUGGCACGUAUGGGUAUACUGAUCCUGAAUAUAUGAAGACCGGGGUACUAACAAAAGAGUCAGACGUUUACUCUUUUGGUGUGGUGUUGUUUGAAGUUUUAUGUGGGAGGUUAUGCUACCAGAUCAAUGAUAAACCUCGACAAUCACUUACCAAACUGGUAAAACAGUAUUACAAACAGAACAAGCUGAAUGAAAUUAUUUGGAUUGGUAUAAAGGAUGAAAUAAACCCUGCUUCUUUGAAGGCCUUUGCAACAAUUGCUUAUCAAUGUUUGAAAAGCAAACGAGAAGAGCGUCCAUUAAUGGCGGAUGUCUUGACUAAUCUUGAAAAUGCACUCACAUAUCAAAUAUAUGCUGAAGGGACCAAAAUAUCACUAAGAGAUAUACAGUUAGCUACCAACUACUUUGCUUCAAACAAAUGCAUUGGGGAAGGAGGAUUUGGAAAAGUUUACAUGGGAGAACUGUUACAUUCUGGUGGUCAUAUCAUGACCGUUGCUGUAAAACGUUUAAAUCCCACAAACGAGCACGGAAACCGUGGGUUUAAGAACGAGCGUAACCUUUCCCAAUACAGGAAUGGUAAUAUUGUCAACCUCUUGGGAUAUUGUGAUGAUGACAACGAGAAAAUACUCGUGUAUGAGUACGCAGCUAAGCGAAGUCUUGACUUUUAUCUAAACAACUAUGAUCUAAGAUGGGUUAGACGCCUUAAAAUAUGCAUUGGAGCAGCUAGCGGACUGGUGUACCUUCAUAAUCCUGAUGGUUACCAAGAAAGCGUAUGGCACCUCGAUAUUAAAAGUGGCAACAUCCUACUAGAUGAAAACUGGAAUGCCAAAAUCACAGAUUUUGGUCUAUCCAAGUUUAUUGUUGCUAACCAAGAAAAAAAAACUGUUAUAUCCGGUGCUGUAGGGACACCUGGUUAUUGUGAUCCAGUAUAUAUAGAGACAGGCUCACCAACAAAGGAGUCGGAUAUUUAUUCCUUUGGCGUGGUGUUGUUCGAAAUGUUGUGUGGGAGGUUGAAUACUCCUAAUAAAUAUGAACAUCGGUCUUUAGCAGAACUGACAAGAAAUUGUUACGAAAAGAGCGACCUAAGUGGAAUUAUCUUUGGUAAUAUAAAAGAUGAAAUAAGUCCUAGUUCGUUGAGAUCGUUUGUGACAAUUGCUUAUCGAUGUCUGAGGAGAGAUCGUGAAGAGCGUCCAUCCAUGAAAGAGAUCCUGACAACACUUGAAAUUGCACUCGAAUGUCAAGUUGCACCUCUGAAUCUUACACCACCACCAACUCCAAGUUCAAAGAGCAACAAUGAGUAUCAAAGAUCCUUGAAGCCCCUGCUUUGGGAAACAACCCGAGCAACUGUAGGAAGUUUAUGGGACGUGUCACAUAAACAUGGAUCAAGGGUUCCUGAAAUGGAUAUUAGUGAGCUUGAUAUGUUGUUUUCCAAAUACAAGGAUAGCGCUCAGCCAGGUUACAAGACGCCUAAACUAGAAAACCUUUUUUGGGUUCAUCCGGACAGAGCAAGUAGUUGCAGAAUUAUGCUUCAAGACAUAAAGCUUCCUAUAGCUGAUAUCAUAAAUGCCAUCCUUGCGUUAGAUUCUUCCGAUGUGAAUGUCGAUCAAGUUUAUGAUCUUAAUGAAUUUUGUCCAACAAAUGAAGAAAUGGAGAUGCUAUCGAACUAUGCGGGAGACAAGGAAAUACUUGGAGAGUGUGAACAGUUCUUCUUGGAGUGUGCAAAGAUCCCAAGGAUGAAUUCAAAACUACAAGUAUUUGCAUUUGCAAUUACUUUUAGCCGCAGGGUUAACAAUUUUAGAGACACCCUAAAUAUUAUCAAAGAUGUUAAUAAAGAGAUCAAGGAAUCAACAAAGCUGGCUAAGAUAAUGCAAAUAAUUCUCAUGUUAGGGAACAAAUUAAAUGCAGGCAUAGCUCAAGGAUCUGCCGAAGGAUUCAAAUUAGGCAGCCUUGAGAGAUUGGGUUAUACAUGGGCAAGAGACAAGAACAUCACAUUAUUGCAUUUCUUAUGCAAGGUUAUUGCCGAGCAAACGCCUGAGUUGUUGUAUUUUUACAAUGAUAUGACUCACUUGCAAGAUGCAUAUUGGAUACAAAUUAAAGAUUUGUAUGACGAGAAGUCUGCAAUAAUCAAUAGUUUUCAGAAGGUUAAGCAGGAAUUCAGUUCUUCAGUCAGUGAUGGGAGCGUAUCUGCUAAAUUUCGAAAGGCCUUGAGGCCAUUUCUUGAUAGUGCUGAUGCAAAACUCCCAUCUUUGAUCUCCCUGUUUGAUGAAGUGUAUCUGGACAUAGAGUCACUUGUCAUAUAUUUUGGAGAGGAUCCAGAUUAUUAUUCAUGGAGACAAGUUAUAACUUCUCUAGUGAAUUUUAUCGAGUUGUUCAAGAAAGCACACAAUCAUAAUAAAAUGAAGGUUGAUGCUAGAAAGAUGAAAUUGGAGACAAAUGGUGAUGAAGAAUGAGGCAACAAUUAUAACUUCUACCAAAAGAAAGUCAUAACAUAGCAAUCAAUGCCUUACUUCUGUAACCCUUAAGCUAGUGCAAAGUGUUUAAGUUUUUUCGGAUUAAUAUAAAUAAGAUAGUAAGGUUUGACCAACAUGUGAAAUCAUUAAUAAAACCGUAAAUCUUUACACUCUUUAUGUUGUUUAUUCUCCUG